UCGCCGUCUGGCGGACAUCAAUGCUUACUACAUGCAGAAACCGCUAGACCCUGACGUCAUCACGCUGCGCUUCAGCACACGCUCCAAAUGACAUAUUGUUUACGUUGAGUUCUCUGCUCCGUUGUCCCAUCAAACGUGUGUUUUUUCGCCACCAAUUCCACAUGGAUCGCUUUGAAAAUGAGCAGGACAAAGACACGUCUUAUUUCCUCUGUCCCCGAGGACAUGGAUUCGUCGCAAUUGACCGUUGUGAAUAGAAACUCGGUGUGCUCGUUCUCCAGGAUGACUGCUCACUCAACGCCUUUAAAGAGAAGAAAUGUAGAUCGAGGAUUCGGCCUGGAGCUGAUCCAAACCAGCGGAGACAACAAGAAGAACUGCAGACAGCAAUGCACGUUACCUAUUUCUUUCAUAGGUGUACAAAACGUUACUUUCACUGAUUUUGUGCCAUUGUAAAUCAUUUUCAUCUUUCUUGCCCAUUUUGUUUUAUUGUGUGGGAGGGUUUUUUUCUACUUUGUAUGUUUUCAUGAAUACAUUUACCGAAACGCAGUCAAAUAUACGGAUUUUUCUCUUCUAGCUAGCUGUACCGAACUUGGACUGAUUAAACUGUAUUUUUGCCACCUCUAACUCUGACUCUGCUCCUGUGCCCACUACACUACCACCUCCUGACAGUUUGGGUUUAUUUUUACGGAUAUAUCGACUCUGGCACUGCUUUACAGGAUGGACAGGUUAGGGUAUAAACUAAGCUUUAAGAAAAAGAAUUAAAAUUAUAAAACGAACAUUAUAUAAUAUGCCCAACAGAACAUGAACAGACAGAGAGAGAGAGAAAAAGUGAACACUGAAGAGUUGAUUUAGAUGCAGAGCGACAUGGCAUCAGAGUUAUAACUUGUGUUUACUGUUUUAUUUUGGUAAUGUUUGAGUUUCCGGUUGUUCACUGCUUUGUCCUCUCAUUCCAGGUGUCUUUACUUCCCUCUCUCUCCUAAUACAUGAAUCUAAGGGAUUCUGUCAAAUGUCGCCGUCUGGCGGACAUCAAUGCUUACUACAUGCAGAAACCGCUAGACCCUGACGUCAUCACGCUGCGCUUCAGCACACGCUCCAAAUGACAUAUUGUUUACGUGGAGUUCUCUGCUCCGUUGUCCCAUCAAACGUGUGUUUUUUCGCCACCAAUUCCACAUGGAUCGCUUUGAAAAUGAGCAGGACAAAGACACGUCUUAUUUCCUCUGUCCCCGAGGACAUGGAUUCGUCGCAAUUGACCGUUGUGAAUAGAAACUCGGUGUGCUCGUUCUCCAGGAUGACUGCUCACUCAACGCCUUUAAAGAGAAGAAAUGUAGAUCGAGGAUUCGGCCUGGAGCUGAUCCAAAUCAGCGGAGACAACAAGAAGAGCUGCAGACAGCAAUGUCACAUAAGGUUGGAGGUGGGCAUAUCUAGUCCUGCACAACAAAACUGGAUGGAUCACAUCAGAGGGAACAGGAAACAGAGCGAUGUUACACGGUCUGGAGUCGGAAGUGUUGCAGGUGUUGUUGAACCCGGUUGCGGCACUUCAAAGAUGUCUGCCGGCAAGGAGACGCUUUAUGCUUCUUUAUCAAAUCUUCUUUAUCAACGGAAAAAAAGAUUGAAGGAGCGUUCAUGCAGGGUUUGGGUCUCUACACUCUACGUACGCUAUCUACUCUUCAAAGAUGAUCACACAUGGAUGCACCACGGGGUCGCAGUCCCAUCCGUCGGAGAUGAAGCCUGCAAGAGCGACAGGAAAGGCUGCUGAUCAGAUGUUUGCCAGGCAGAGGAUGGGAGAAAGAAAGCCAAAUUCAGGAUUUCAGUAAUCAAGUAAUCAGUUAAUAUGUGUUUUUUAUGGUGUCUUAUUUUAAAUGUCUGACAUCCAGUGUCCAAGGCACAAUUGAUACUUCUCCUGACAUCCAUCACGAUGUCCGUCCCAAUGUUCUGCAAAACAAAACACAAUUCUCUUUUCUCUUUUCUAUUCAAAUACAAGAUGUAUCUGUAUUAUAUCUCAUUUUAUAUAUUUAAUAAUAUGCAUGUAAAACAUGUCUUAUCCUAUUCUAAUGGCUGUUUGAAGGCAACUGGACUUCUUGCUUGAAGCUUGAAGAUGUUUCACCUCUCAUCUGAGAAACAUCUUCAGUUCUGGAGACUGGUUAGACAGUCCAGGCUUUUAAACUCCUCCCUAUCUCACCUAGUGGGUGCUACCUCUGGGAGCAAUAGAUACCACUGAGUGGAACGUUCACGGCUUGAGUGGCUCCUGCUGGGCUGUCUCAAGUGGAGUCGUUAGCACCUGAGGAUACUCAGGUGAGCGCAGAAACUAAGCAUCACGUGAGUCGUUACAGUCACGUGAGCCCAGAUGUGAAUGUGUUAGUCGUUUGGGGAGGGAUCUCAAAAACUGCGUCAUAGAUAGGUGGCAGCUGGUGUCUUAGACCGCCCCCUGUAUUCAGUGAUGGAUGUUCUAGUUUGACAUGGAUGGCCUCCUUAACUCUUCUCUCAAACCAUCUAUGUUCCCGGUCCAGAAUGGGGACAUCGCUCUCUUCAGAGGAGUGUCCUCUCUCCUUGAAAUGCAGGUGAACGGCUGAGUUCUGACCGGAGGAGUGAGCUCGUCUGUGCUGGGUCAUGCGUUUGUGGAGCGGCUGUUUAGUCUCCCCUGUGUACAGGUGGGAGCGCCGCUCGCUGACUUAGACCGCACAGACGACAUGGCUUAGUUGGUUUUUGGGAGUUUUGUCUUUGAGGUGUAGCUGUUUCUGUCUCAGAGUGUUACAGGGUCUGAAAUGAACUGGAAUGUUGUGUUUGGAGAAAAUCCUCCUCAGUUUCUCUGACACUCCAACAAGUUGUGGUUUGUGGUGUCCUCCCCGUUGGUGGUGUAGGGUUCUGGUUUGUGUUUGUGGUUUCUGGUUAGUGUGUGUCGGUUUGCGGUUUCUGUCUGUAAAAGCCGUCGUUGUUGUUGAAGUAGGUCGUGGUGAGGCAGAGGUCUAAAAGAGUGCAGAUCUGGUCCGGUGUGAGACUGGUACGGUCGUUGAGGGAGUGUCAGAGAAAGUCUGUGCGGUCAAAGUCAGCCUGCAGUGCUCCCAUCUAUAUAUAGGGGAGACUAAGCAGCCGCUCCACAAACGCAUGGCUCAGCACAGACGAGCUCACUCCUCCGGUCAGAACUCAGCCGCUCACUUGCAUCUCAAGGAGAAAGGACACUCCUUUGAGGACAGUGAUGUCUGCAUUUUGGACCGGGAACAUAGAUGGUUUGAGAGAACAGUUAAGGAGGCCAUCCGUGUCAAAAUAGAACAUCCGUCACUGAAUACAGGGGGCGGUCUACGGCACCAGCUGCCACCUAUCUAUGACGCAGUUUUGAGAUCCCUCCCCAAGCGACUAACACAUUCACAUCUGGGCUCACGUGACUGUAACGACUCACAUGAUGCUUAGUUUCUGCGCUCACCUGAGUAUCCUCAGGCGCUAACGACUCCACUUGAGGCAGCCCAGCAGGAGCCACUCAAGGUGUGAACGUUCCACUCAGUGCUUUCUAUUGCUCCCAGAGGUAGCACCCACUAGGUGAGAUAGGGAGGAGUUUAAAAGUUUGGACUCUAACCAGUCUCCAGAACUGAAGAAGCUUCUCGGAUGAGAGGUCAAACGUCUUCAAGCUUCAAGCAAGAAGUCCAGUUGCCUUCAAUCAACCUUUAGGAUACAAUGACCUGUAACACACACACACACAGUACAUUCAACACACAUGCUUAACUUUAUAGUAAGAAAAUAUAAAACAAACAGAGAGAGAUACAGAACAGCAAAGUCUCUUCAUCACCCUCUUGCUGUCUGUUUAAAGCUACCUCAGACUCUACUAGUUAUCCUGCUAUCUCUUCUCUCUUUCUCUCCUCAGACCCACUCUCAUAUUUAUUAACCUUUAUUAACCUUUAUUACAUGCCAUUAACU